ACGCAGGACUUCAUUAACGCGCGCGCGCUCACACACACACACACACACACACACCGCGGCGUUGCUCUCUCUCCAUCCUCCGAGGCGCUGGAUGGGAUUUUCGCUCUGUUGACCUUCACACAUAUUUGGGUUUGAACAGGGAGAGAGGGAGAGACAGAGGAGUGAAGAAGAAAGAAAGAAAGAAAGACAGAAAGACAGAAGAAGAGGAGUGUGUUGUGGUGUGCUGAGUGUGUGAGGUGUUUUUUUUUUUUUUCAUUCCCGGGCCUUUCUCUCUCUCUCUCUCUCUCUCUCUCUCUUUUCAUUAUUUAUUUCCGUUAUUGAUGGUGGGAGAUUUCCGCGCGUGCACGAAUCGCGUGGUGACAUUUGUGACAUUUUGGGUGUUUUCCGAGCGCGCGCCAUGGCUCGGCCGCGACCCCGCGACUAUAAAGCAGGAGAUCUGGUUUUCGCCAAGAUGAAGGGCUACCCGCACUGGCCCGCGAGGAUUGAUGAGCUGCCAGAGGGAGCUGUGAAGCCUCCUGCUAAUAAAUAUCCCAUCUUCUUCUUUGGCACUCAUGAGACUGCGUUCCUCGGUCCUAAAGAUCUGCUGCCGUAUAAAGAGUAUAAAGAAAAGUUCGGCAAGUCGAAUAAGAGGAAAGGCUUCAAUGAGGGACUGUGGGAGAUCGAGAACAACCCCGGGGUCAAGUUCACCGGCUACCAGAGCGUGCAGCAGCAGAGCUGGUCAGAGGGGGAGGGGGCUGAUGCAGCAGACCGCAGCAGUGAGGGGGAGGAAGGUGAAUCCAUCGGAGAGGAAGAGGAAGGAAAGGUGAAGGGCGAAAAGGUCGGAUCCAAACGGAAAAAGACCGCAUCCUCAAAGAAGUCAAAGCUGGUCAGGAAGUGCUCGGCUGAGGAGGAAGAGGAGAAGGACGGUAAAGAAGACGAGGAGAAGAGAGACAACGAUAACGACCUGCAGAACUCAGACAAGAAGACGUGCUGUCCAGGGCAGAACCAGUUGCUGCGAGAGGAACAUUAGAUCCUGAAGAACAUCUGAUCAUGUUGUGGUUUGUUCUGUGAUGUUGGAAAUGUAACUCGCUUUGACAUCAUCAACAUAAAAAAGAAAAGAAAAGAAAAACAUUAUGUUAUAAUAAAAUCACUGAUCAGUAAAUAAUAUUAAAGCCACAAGUACAGAGAAAUUCAUCCACGUCUCAUCAGCAGAGCCAAGCUGAAGCUAACGCACGUAGAAUUAAAGGGGCGGUAAGCGAUAUUCUCCAUUACAGAUGCAGGUUGGGAAGUUGUGUUAGAAGGCGGUUUUGUUGUUCCACGUCGCAGAGUCAGUGUGUAAAGUGUGAAUUCGGCUGAAAUGUUGCUUACUGCCCCUUUAAUGUGCAGUGUUAAUGAACACUUUAUCAGAUGUAAUAUAGUCAUCAGUUUAGCGUAAUGUUCUAGCUGUAGCUGUUAUAGCUGGAGUGUUCGCCUGGAAACCAGCCCACUCUCUCUCCUUACACCCUCUGACCUUUCACUCUGAACUCUGACCUUUCACCCUCAACCCUUUUCAUCUUAAUCCUUCACUUUUUACACUAAACCCUGAUCUUUGACCUUUCACCCCAACGUUUCAUCAUAAACCCUGACUGUUCACCCCCAACCCCAACCUUUGUCUCAAAUGCUGACCUUUCACCCUAACCUGACCUUUGCCCUUGAAUAUUAACCUUGACCCUUAAACAUAACACUGGUCAUUUUUUUGCUGCCUUUCUGUAAGCUUUUACUUUAACACUAUCUUUUAAAUGUAAGCUCUGACCUUUGACCCUAACCCUGACCUUUUAACCCUGAGGUUUUUUCUUGCUAACCCUUAGAUUUGACCUUAAGCUCCUUAACUAAACCCCUGGACGUUUACUCUAAGCCCUAAUCGUUAACCCUAAUGCUGACCUUUCACCCUGACCUGACCUUUGUCCUUAAUUUUGACCUUUUGCCCUAUUACUGUUUUUUUCUUCAUGACCUCUGACCUCUGUCUGUAACCUUUGUUCCAACACUACCCUUUAAACCUAAACUCCUAUCUUUGACCUUAGCCUUGACCUUUCACCUCAAACCCUGACCCUCUUUCUGAAACCUUUACGGUAAAAAACUUCCUUUUGAACCUUUGACUUUUCAACCCAGAUUUUUUUUACCACAAUCUUUACUUUGUUUUGCUAACCUUAACCCUUGACCUUAACCCUUGACCUUUCAUCAUUUACCUUAAACCCUAAUAUUUGACCCUAGCGUUGACCUUUCCCCUUAAACCCCUGCCCUCUUUCAGUAACUUACCCUAAAUUACCCUAACCCUACCCCCUGUACCUAAACUCUGACCUUUCAACCCAGGGGCUUUACCCUAAACCUUCACGUUUCUUACCAUAACCUAUGACCUUUGACCUUAAAAAAUUUCAUUACUCUUAACCCUAACCUGUCACUCUGACCUUUCAGUCAAACUCUGACCUUUUACCUUAAACUGUCAUCUUUUAUUUCAACCCCUGAUCUUUCUCGGCACUCUGCAGUCUCUUCUUUGAUCUUUUACCUGCUGACCUUUGACCCUGUCCAUGCUGUGUGUAUAAACCCGUGAAAGACAGGCCGCGAGAGAGAGAGAGAGAGAGAGAGUGAUGAGUAUAAAUAGUGGUUUUGAGUAACACACUGUUGAUGGUUUGAGUUCAUGUUGCUGUAGAAUUCGGGACCACGCUAACAGAUAAAUGCUCGUUUGUUUUUUUUUGUUGUUGUUUUUUUUUUCUUUUUUUUUCUUCUUCUUUUUUUUUUUUUUUUUUUUAUAAAUAAAGUGACUUCUGGUUCCUGUGUCUGUGCGCUCGCUUGUUUCUUAGCUCUUUAGUGGCAUGCUGUCUGUCCUAUUAAUUCUGUAAGAUAGAAAUCAUUCGGAGAUUAGCGCUGAGUCUGAGGCAGGAAGUGUCUCCUAACGUUUAGCACUUCAUAACGUCAUCACUCAACUGAAGACGCUCUUUUACUUCCUGAUCUGUGUUUAUAUAAAGAAUAUAUUCUAUUUAUUUUUGAUGAUGGUAGAUGACACAUCUGUGGUAGGUGUUAGCGCAUUCGCAUGUCCUGAUUUAGUCACAUGACACGUGUUUCUGCGUCAGUGUGGGCGGGGCUUAAAGUGAUCCUAUGACAUCAUUAGGGAGCCUGCUGGUACAAACAGCCGACUUCCUGUUAUAUCACGUAAUUACACUCGAGCGUCAAGCCAAAGAAUAAAAAAAAUCUUGAGGUGAUGUCACACAAUCGAGUCCACUGAUUGGCUGAUGGGAUUUACCGUAAGCCCCGCCCCUUGUUAACUCGAACAUGCCUGUCAGUGAGUAAAAUCAGGACGUAGAGAUCAUCAGUGUAGAUUUUUUGCCCCUCCUUAUCUUUGUUAUGCUCGUUACAGUUCUAUCUUACAUUUUCAACGUUUGUAGUUCACUGUAAACUGUUUUUCCUGUUUAUUCACAAGACUUUUACAGAAUAAAUUUGUUGGAAUGCA